CGCGUGCGCAGUGGGUCGCAGAGCCGCCAUGCCGGAACCGCGCGGGUCGUCGCCCCUUCGGGUAAACGCGGCGUUUGCCGCGCGGUACGGACGCUACCGGGAGCGCGAGGAGCUGCAGCGGCUUAAAGAUCGCUACGGGGACCGAGACAGCGGCGGCGACUCCAGCUCGGAGUCUGACUCUAGCGACGAGCGCGUGGAAUUUGACCCCCAGCAAGAGCGUGACUUUUACAGAACUCUCUCCUUGUUGAAGAAGAAGGACCCCCGCAUUUAUCAGAAAGAUGCCACCUUCUAUCAGAGAACAGUAUCCUCCUCGGAGAGCGAGGAAGCGCCAGCAGCCGAGGAGAAGCAGAAGAAGAUACGGCCCAUGUACUUGAAGGACUAUGAAAGGAAGGUUAUCUUGGAGAAGGAAGGCAAAUAUAUCGAUGAGGAAAAUUCAGACGAGGAGACCUCCAAUCAGAGACUCCAGCAAAUCUCGUCGAAAAGUUACGUGGAAGAGCAGAAGCAGCUCAAGGAAAGCUUCCGGGCUUUUGUGGAAGACAGCGAGAGUGAGGACAGUGCCGGGGAAGGUGGCUCCGGGUUGCUGCAGAAACGCGCUAAAACGAGGGAGGAGAAGGCCCAUGAGGAUGCGGACUACGUGGAGUGGCUGAAGGGGCAGAAGGAGAUUCACAGCACUGACAGCCUGAAAGAGCUGACCCACCUCAAAGAAUAUUGGAAUGACCCAGAGUUGGAUGAAGGGGAGCGGUUCCUGCGCGAUUAUAUUCUCAACAAACGCUAUGAGGAGGAGGAGGAGGAAGGCGAGGAAGAGGAGGAAGAGGAGGAGGAAGAAGGGGGCCCCGCCCUCCCGGUCCAGCUGGCCGUGGACGAUUCCUCAGAUGAGGGGGAGCUCUUUCUGAAGAAGCAGGAGGACUUUGAGCACAAGUACAACUUCCGCUUCGAGGAGCCGGACUCAGCCGUGGUCAAGACCUACCCCCGAAGCAUUGCGUCCUCCGUGCGCCGCAAGGCCGAGCGCAGGAAGGAGCGGAGAGAGGAGACGCGAGAGCGGAAGAGGAGGGAGAAAGCGAAGAAGCAGGAGGAGCUCAAGCAGCUGAAGAACCUGAAAAGGAAGGAGAUCCUGGCCAAGCUGGAGAGGCUGCGGCAGGUCACGGGCAACGAGCCGCUGGGCUUUGAGGAGAAGGACCUAGAGGAAGACUUCGACCCUACGCGGCACGACCAGCUCAUGCAGAGAUGCUUCGGGGACGAGUACUAUGGCACCGCGGAGCAGGAGAAGCCGCAGUUUGAGGAAGAAGAAGGGCUUGAAGAUGACUGGAACUGGGACACGUGGGCUGGGCCUGAGCAGGAUGGAGUUUGGAGCCAUCAGGAGCCGCACUGCGAGGACCCCGAUUUCAAUAUGGACGCUGACUAUGACCCCAGCCAGCCUCGGAAAAAGCGGCGCAAGGCCCCCUCAACAGGCAAGAGGAAGCGCAAGUCGCCCUUCGCCACGGCCGUGGGGCAGGAAAAGCCGGUGUUUGACCCUGGGGACAAGACGUUCGAGGAGUAUCUGGAUGAGUAUUACCAACUGGACUACGAGGACAUCAUUGACGACCUGCCCUGUCGCUUUAAGUACCGCACCGUGGUUCCCUGUGACUUCGGGCUGAGCACCGAGGAGAUCCUCGCUGCCGAUGACAAGGAGCUGAACCGGUGGUGUUCCCUGAAGAAGACCUGCAUGUACAGGUCCGAGCAAGAGGAGCUCCAGGACAAGAGGGCGUACACCCAAAAGGCCCAGAACUCCUGGAAAAAGAGGCAGAUCUUCAAGUCACUUUGCCCAGAGGAGACGGAGACGCUCACGGAAGCCACAGGGAAGCCACAGAGAGACCAAGGAGGCCCUCCGGGCCAGCUGCUGGCAGCUGAUGGGGCCUGCGGGAAGCGGCCCCAGCCUGGGAGCCCCCCUGCACAGGAAGAGGCGGGUUCUGGGUCUCCCACCCAGAAGCCAGUCCCCCAGAGGCGGAGGCGGGGCAAGAAGGCGCGUCUCCUGGGUCCCGUGACCCUCGGUGGACAGGAGUUUAGCCGCCAGAGACUGCAGGCCUUUGGUCUCAACCCCAAACGGCUGCACUUCCGGCAGCUGGGCCGGCAACGGAGGAAGCCCCAGGGUCCCAAGGGCGGCCCCUGAGCUCCAGGGAACAGGCAGGGGCCCUGGGGCUCCCUCCCCUCCAGUCGAGCUUGUGGACCGUAUAGACCCUGGUGUCUACCUGUGGCCGCAGAAGCCGUGGAAGCAGCAGCCUACCUAACAGGCUCCCCCCGCACCUCACCUUGAGACACGGCUUGGACCCCACCCCUUAGAUGCUGGGCCCAGCCAUAGCCACAGUCCAAUUAAACGGCUUUAUUAGGCCCCGGUGGCCACAGCUCCCUUCCCCCCGCACCCCCAGUCCUCAGCAGGGCGGGGGCCGUGGGACCAGCGAGGGGCAUGGGUGGUCCAGUGCAAACUACAGUACUUGGGUCAGGCCCUGAGUGGGUGUCCGGAAGCCCUCCCUCCCUGCCCUGUGAGGGGGGCCCAGCUGGCGGGAGGCCCAGCGUCUGAACGGCCCUGAGCUUUCCUGGACUGAUCUCAGCUGCGCUUGUCAAGGGGGCGGGAAGGGGGAGACCCGUCACCUCCCGCCGUCAAGCUCCCACACCCAGCAUGACAUAAAUAAAAAAAUAAAUAGUGCGCA